AUGGCCGAUAACCACCCAACAUAUCUAGAACCGAGCGAACUCGGCACGAAGGACUACUGGGAAACCUUCUACGCGCGCACCCUCUCGCACCUCUCCUCCAAACAAACCGCCCACCCCUCGAAACCCACGCACACCGAUCCUACCUCCAAUUCCCAGAGCGAUGACGGCAGCGAAGACGAUGAAGACGAAGAGGAUGAUAUCGACGAUGACUCCGACCCCGGUACCUCGUGGUUCAGCGAGCAUAAUGCGCCUGACAAGGUGUUGGAGUUCUUGACGGGUGAGGAGUUCCCGUUGGCGCCUUGUAAUACCCUUCCUACUCGUCACGAACAGCCGAAGAUCCUUGACCUUGGGACUGGAAAUGGGAGCAUGCUCGCGUUGUUGAGGAAGCGCGGUGGGUUUCGCGGGGAGAUGGUUGGGGUGGAUUACUCGGCGCAGAGUGUGGAGUUGGCGAGGCGGUUGCAGCGGUUGAGGAUUCACAGGGCCUAUCUUUCUGAUUCGGAGGAUGAAGAUGGGGAUUCAGAGGGUGAGGAUGGGGGUGAGGAGGAGGAGGGGGGGGUUAAGGGGCCGGAGAUUCGGUUUGAGGAGUGGGAUAUUCUGUCUUCGUCGCCUUCGGCGUUAAUAUCGUUACCGGAUGGAGUGGAGGCGAAGGACAGGUUGGAUUGGUUCCCCUACGAGCGGCGCGGGUUUGAUAUCGUCUUGGAUAAGGGGACGUUUGAUGCUGUUUCGUUGUCCGCGGAGGAGGUGCUGGUUCCUGCUGCUGCUCACGAGGAGCAGAGGAAGGACGGCAAAAAGGUGCAGAGGCGCGUUUGUGAACGCUACCCUGGCAUUGCGAGGGCCUUGGUCAGGCCUGGCGGCUUCCUGGUCGUCACGAGUUGUAAUUGGACUGAAGAGGAGUUGGUCGAGUGGUUCACGGCUGCGUCUGCGUCUGCUGGCCCGGAUCUAAAAGAUCGGUUGGUCGUUUGGGGGAGGGUCGAAUAUCCGCGCUUUCGCUUUGGGGGGAGGGAAGGGCAGGGCGUAUGUACAGUUUGCUUUCAGAGGGUGGUUGAUUGA